AUGGUGGGUGCCCAUCAGGCGCUGUACGGGGGCCAGCACGAGGGCGGCGACAGGGGCAAGGUCGAUGCGGAUUUCCUGGGGAGCGGUGCGGCGCUGCAGGCGCUGAAGAUGUUUUCGAGCGGCGAGGGGAGGCAGUCGCAGAGCGGGGGCCAUGAUCAGAAUAAGCUGAUCGGGCUGGCGAUGGCGCAGGCGGGCAAGUUGUGGGAUCAGCAGAAUCAGCAGGGCCAGGUGGCUACUGACAAGCAAUCGGCUAUCAAUUCUGCGGCGAAGAUGGCGCUGAAGAUGUAUCUGAAGAACCAGAGCGGUGGUAAACUCGGCGGCGUGGGCGGCUUGGGAGGGUUGGCAGGGAGUCUUGGAGGGCAGUCGGGCGGAUCGGGCCUGUUUGAUCUGGCAAAGAAGUUUUUCUGA